CCUACGGUGCGAACAUCGGACAACUAACGGGUCGAAAAUGCACCGUUGAACGCUUUGCAGAGCUCUCAAUGUAAAUGAUAGCCUUAAAAAUAAGAGCGAGUUUUUGUAUAAGAUUUUAUUUUACAUUCGCCUUGAGCGUUUGGCAAAAAAGUAUAUUGCUAUCAACAACAAAAAAAACGGCAUUAUGUUUAAUGAAUUACACUGAAUACUUUUGGUAUGUAAUAAAACAUUAAAGUCGUACAUUAAUACAAUCUCAUCCCCACUUAAUUUAAUUCGUGGUCGUGGCGGAGAACGAGCCCAUAAAACGGAGUGUGAAGCGGAAAAAGUCCCGCACUUCAAGCAAAACUGUGUGACAUCAGGAAGAGAGCUAAUAAUACGUGCUGUACAAGACAUACACAACCAGCAAAUUUGAAUGUCGCACGUGGCAAAAUAAUACUGCGAGAAGUUUUACACAAAAUAAGAUAAAUAUGUUUUAGCUAUAUUUCACAGGUUAAUGCUGGUGAAAUUACGUGGCCAGUGAUUUCGUUUUACAUAAACCAAUGGCGCCCUCAUUAGCCCACUCGUAGGAUAAACGUUAUUUGGAAGCAGAUUAACUCCUGACAUUGCAUUUUACCUUCUCAGUAGUUGUAAACACGUUAAUGAGCUUAACUUUGUAAUCGUCAGUGCUAUGAAAAUAGAAAUGCGGUUUAGAACAGCCAGUUUAACCGACCAGAGCUAAGACUACAAGAAGGGUCGCCGCCGAGCCUAUCGGGUCAAUCUGUAGCCGCGCAGGUCGUCGCUCUCGAGCUCAGGAAUCGGAUGUUUUGAGCGGCUAUUAGGAACCUGAGGAAAAUGAAGUUACUCUUUACCAUCAUAGUUUACUUGACUUGGCUGGGUGCAUCCUGGUUCAUUCAUGCUCAAAAUGAAGACAACUUUGUUCAGGAAACUCUAAAACAAUUGUCCACUAGUGGAGAGAAAUAUGUAAACGAGGAACUGCAGCGAGCUUUAUCUGGUGUAAAGCAUAUGAAGAAAGUUAUAGAUCAAAAUGCAGAAAAGCAUGAACAUCUCAUCAUGUCAUUGAAGCACAGCAGUGAAAAGAAGCAGAGAGCACUUCAGCUUGCUAAUGAUGUUCAACAAAAGUUGCAAGAAGCAGAGGACCAGUGCAAGGAAGCCUUACAAAAUUCUUGGGAUGACUGCAAGCCUUGUCUUAAAGAUACCUGCCAAACAUUCUAUACAUCAAAUUGUCGUAGAGGCUUUUUUUCAUUUUCUGCCAAGGUGGAGAAUUUUUUUCAAGAGUUUUCACCGUUCCUUAGCACCUUUGACAACCAAGACAUUUUAGUGAAUCAGAAUGAAGAAAGAGGCAAUAACGAGCUGGCACAUAUGGAAGAUUCUUUUAAAGAAAUGGUUUCUGAAGUGAGCACAUUGUUUGAUAGAAGCGUGUCUCUCUUUUAUAAGCUGCAUGAAGAAUUUGAUCAGUCUUUUCAAGCUGCCUUUAUUUCAGGCCUAAAUGUGGAGGGUGCACAGAAGAAACAGAUACCUCUUAAUGAUGUUGAUUCUGCCCAGGGAUUCCUUGAAGGUUUGACACUGAAUAAUGUGAUGGAGUCUUUCUUUGAUUUUGGAAAAGCAAUUUUUGAAGAGUUUAGCUCUGUGGUUACAGAAGUGCUUGAUGAAUUUCAUGAUACUGUGACUGAAGAAGAAGAACACGAAGGAGAUCCAGAAAGGGCAAAUCUUUCUUCUAGGAUAAUGAUCAGACCAAACAAGAACCUGUGCAGAGCCCUCCGAAGAAAUAUCUCAGAGUGCUGGCACUUGCAAAGCAAAUGUUAUUUAUGUCAGGAGCCUUUGUCACAAGAAUGCUCCAGUGUUCCUGAGUUGCGUUCCAAGCUCAGUGAAAUCUCACAGCUUAUGAACAUCUCUAUUCAGCAAUACGAGGAAGUACUUCAGAUAGUCCAACAUCAUGCUGAGAACACGGGUAGCUGGUUCAAGCACAUGGCAGACAGUUUUGGCUGGGUGGCUGAACUUGUUAAUGCUUCAGUGGAUUCUGACAACAUGUUCAGCAUCACAACUGUUUUGCCUCGAGGAGAUGAGACAGAUCCAAUGAGCACCUCAGAUACCACAGUAAAAGUGAACCUGUUGAGCUCCCCCACUUUCACUUUUACUGUGCCAGAUGGAUUAAAAGUACAAGACCCUGCUUUUGUCAAAUAUGUGGCUGGAGAAGCUUUGGAACGUUACAAAAUGCUAUUUAAGCAUGAUGUUCCUUGAAGAAGCAAUGAUUGGAAGUGUAUCUUUUUUAUUGCUAAGAAAAAAAUAUUUUCGAUGUAUUGCAUAAAACAUAAGUUUAAGGUAAUAAGUACUAUAUUCAAUAAUUUGUUGCAAAUGUAUAAUGUAGCUUACAAAAACUUACAUUAAUGCAGUUAAUAUUUUAAAGUAUUAGGACAAGUUAUGCUGCCCAGCUGGUCUGUCGAUAGGCAUAAUCAUCAUUAAACUAAUAAAAGUGCUUUGCGAAAAA